AUGUCUGCUGAGCAUAACCCUGACGACACGUCGCGGGACGCUGACGAUGCUGCGUCCCUCGACCAUGGGUUGUGGAGGGACGAGGAAGACGUCGGCGAGGACGACGAGGACGCGCGAGGGCCCGCCAGGCCCUCGCAGCGGUGGGCCGUGCAACACUCCACAGGCCACCAUCGCCUCCGAGGUAAGCAUCCCGGGAGGAGGGCGAGAGCGGCGGCCGGCUAA